GAAACCCGAGCGGCGCGUCUAGGCCGGACCUGGCGGCGGCGGCGGGGCCGGCGGCGGCCGGGUAGCGGAGUUUAGGCUCGGCGGCCGGCGAGACGCGGGCGGCGCCGCCAUGAACGCGGCGGUGGUGAAGCGGACGCAGGAGGCUCUGGGGAAGGUGAUUCGGAGGCCGCCGCUGACGGAGAAGCUGCUGAACAAGCCCCCGUUCCGCUACCUGCACGACAUCAUCACGGAGGUGAUCAGGAUGACCGGUUUCAUGAAGGGCCUCUACACAGACGCCGAGAUGAAGUCCGAUAACGUUAAGGAUAAAGACGCCAAAAUUAGCUUCCUUCAGAAGGCCAUAGACGUGGUGGUCAUGGUCUCCGGAGAGCCACUGUUGGCAAAACCGGCUCGGAUCGUGGCCGGGCACGAGCCUGAAAGGACCAACGAGCUGCUCCAGAGAAUCGGAAAGUGCUGUCUCAACAAGCUCUCCAGCGACGAUGCGGUGAAGAGAGUGUUAGCCGGAGAGAAGGUGGAAACAAAAGGAAGGUCCUCACUGACGUCGAAACCUCAAGAAUUGGAUAAUAAGAACGUGAGGGAGGAAGCAUCCAGGGUUCAUAAGGAUAAAGAGGAUAGAAGAAACUCCGAAAUAAAUGAGAGGAAUACAAGCGGAGGUCGAAAACAGAAAGAGGAAGAAAGCAAACCAAGAGAAAAGGAAAGGGACAGGGAGAAGGCCAAGGAGAAUGAACGAGACAGACACAAAGAUCCCGAGAGAGACAAGUGCCACGAAGGGGAGAGCGAGCGGGCCAAGAACAGGGCCCGGCCGGAGAGGGCCAGGGAUAAGGGCGCAGAGCGGGAGAGCGAGCGGAAGAACGAGGGCGGAAAGGAGGAGAAGUGGAAAGACCGGGAGAUCGAGCGCGAGCGACACAAGGGCCAGGAGCGGGCCCGGCAGAGGGUGCGGGACGGGCAGCGCUCCAGGGACCCCGACAGGGAGAGGAGCCACGAGCGCGAGAAGCCGGGGAGAAAGUCCUCAAGCUCAGGAGAGAUGUCUAAAAAGUCGUCAGAUGGAUCUUUCAAAGACUCCAAAGCUGAAACAGAGACUGAGAUUUCCACUAGAGCAUCCAGGUCAGUGACAACAAAGACAUCAAAACGGCGAUCCAAAAAUUCAGUGGAAGGAAGAAGGGAUUCUAGAACCAGUGAAAAUAGUCUCUCCCCUGAAAAAGAACGUAACUCUUCCUGCAGUAAAGCUAAGAAGGAACACGCCGGGAAACAGCUCGGAAGAAAGGAGGAUGAUAUUUCAGCUAAAAUUUUAGACCCCAUAGUGUCUGGAUUAAAUAAUGAACCAGAUCAGGAAACUACAACUUCAGAAAUAGGAACAAAGGAAGCUAAUACUAACUCAGCUAGUGUUUCAGAUGCUAAUUCAUCUAGUCUGCCGCGAGAAAGUGCUGAGCCAGAACCAGCGGUAAAGCAGAAAGGAGCCGAUGGAGAAACACUCGCUGCUGAGUUAUGUAAGACGGGCUCUUCUUUGCUUCCAUCCAGAGCCUGGAAAAUGCCCCAAGGUGAUUCUCCUAGUGAUGCAGAAGGAGACGUUGGACCUUCUGGCCAGGAGAAGUGUGAGGUGCCGGAGAAUUCCGAGCUGCCAGGCGAGCUCCCAGCCGCCGUCAGGAGGAUACCUCGGCCCGGGAGCGCACGGCCCGCGCCUCCCCGGGUCAGGCGGCCGGAGAGUGCGGAGGUGCCGACGACGGACAGGACAGGAAGUGGUAAAACCGUCUCAAAUGUGAUCGUAGAGUCACAGAAUUCUGACAGUGAGGACGCCGACCAGUUUGUGGUGGAGGCCGCCCCGCAGCUCUCUGAGACGUCAGAGCUUGAAAUGGUACAGGCGGUGGAAUUAGAAGAUGAGAAGCACGGAGGACUUGUCAAAAAAAUUUUGGAGACUAAGAAAGAUUAUGAGAAGUUGCAGCAGUCACCCAAACCUGGAGAGAAGGAGAAACUGCUCGUCUUUGAGUCGGCGUGGAAGAAGGAGAAGGACAUAGUCUCCAAGGAGAUAGAGAAGCUCCGCGUGUCCAUCCAGACCCUGUGCAGGAGCGCACUUCCCCUGGGCAAGAUCAUGGACUACAUCCAGGAGGACGUCGACGCCAUGCAGAACGAGUUGCAGCUGUGGCACAGCGAGAACCGGCAGCAUGCUGAGGCCCUGCGGAAGGAGCAGAGCAUCACAGAUUGUGCCCUGGAGCCCUUGGAGGCGGAGCUGGCGGAGCUGGAGCAGCUGGUCAGAGACCAGCAGGACAGGAUCUGCGCCGUGAAGGCCAGUAUUCUGAGGAAUGAAGAGAAAAUUCAGAAAAUGGUACACAGUAUCCAUCUGAGUUCCAGGAGGUGAAAGCGCAGACUGUUUCGGAGACUGAAGGUCGCCCUCAGUUUGCACGUCGUUACUCCUUAAGUUUCCGUUUGAAGACAAUGAACAGUUUACAAUGUUAUCCAACUGAUUUUCAGAGCUUUACAAGCGCGAGGCAUAUUCAGUGUGUGAAGACCAUGUGUUCCUACCUUCCUCCGCUAGAAUACCUGCUAGUUAUAAAUAGCUCUUGCAAAUGCCUGUGUGAAAAGUUUCUUUACAAGCCUGUCCUUUGUAUUUCCCCCGUAGGCUGUUCAGUUCUGUGCCAGAUUCGCCAGCAGGUGAGUGGUGCUGGCGCAGCCAGGGAUGCAGGCGUCCGUGAUUUCAGACUCUGAGUCUAGUGACAGGACUUCUUGAGUCAAGCACUGAGUGAGAUGGCUGUACAUUUUGAUAGGAGCUUCAUAAAUACAAGGAAGCCUGAAAAUGAAUGAAUGAUAUUUUUAGCUCAUUUCCACUUGAAAAGCGUUAAUUUCGGCCCGUAUCUUUAUAAGGUACGCGUGAACUUUAAUUUUUAACCUCUUUGUAAUUGCAUACACGUUAUGUAAUUUUCUUACUGGUCCCUUUUAUCUUUUGCUUAUAUUUCCAGCCCUUAAAGUUCAUACAUUUAAAAAGGAGGUUUGAGUAUGGCCUUCAUGGACAUCAUCUGGACAUGAGAUUGUCACAGGCCCUUUCCUCACUUUCUUUAACAUUUUGCCCCUGGGUUUUCGCCACGUGCACACUUGUGUCACUUGCCUCGUUCUCUCCAGAAGAGGGGCUUGCUCUCCAAGGCAUCGGCAUCAUGCCUUUUCCUUCGCACAGGUGUAAGCACCUGUGCACCUGAGAGACAGGUAGCUUAGGGAAAACUGCAAAAGGAAGACUUAAAAGGAUACAUGGAUUUGCAAAAUUUUUUAAUGUUAGCGUUUUUUUGGAAAUUGUUUUUUUAAAGCAGAAGUUUUUUUUUUUUUAAACAUGGUUUUUAUUUAGUUUUUCACUGCAUAUAAUAUUGUAAAUACUUACUAAAGUCUUCAAUUUGUGUAUAAAGGAUUUCACUGUUUGGAGACAUACUUACGGGUCUUAAGGUCUGGGUCCUGAUACUUUUAUUUCUAGAUACUGUAUUUAUUAUGUAACCCAAGGAGGGCCAUUUUAAGUGUUAGAAUUUGCCUGAGAAAGUUUUGUUUCUUUAAAAGACUAGCACAAAUGGCACGGUUAAGUUUUUCUUAGUGUAAUUUCCAAAAUAAAUCUGUUACAAAGGUAGUUCUAUGACUUUCGAAGCUGAGUAAGUUCAAGGUCAGAUUAUUAAGAUCUGCCGUCAUGAGGCAUUGGUCUUCUUCUCCUUUCCGUAGUUUACCGUAAAAUUCAGUUUGGCGAGGCUCCACUAAUGCAGCACUGCCGGCGGGCAGGUGUGUCAGUCCCCAGCCCUCACAUGCUCAUAGUCUCUUUUCCACUGACUUGGAUGGCAGCCACCAUCCUAAAGGGCCCCUGUUUUGCUUCAAGUGAAGGUGUCUGCCUUUAAUGAAUUUGUACAUAAGACUAGAGAUUUUGUGUUGCAAAAAAUUACAUACAUUGUGAGUAAAAUUUUGUAUGAAGUAGUCUCUCAAAUUGUAUCAUAAAAUUUAUUUUUCUUUUAUACAUAAAUCAUUAAAAAUAAUCAGAUUUUUUUUC